AUGACUGGCAGAGUUCGAGAUCGAUUAAAGAAUGGUUGGAUGAGCAAAAACGGGGUUCAGUUGUCAUUCGGGAGCGAGGCAACAUGGAGUCAGGAAGAGCUAACAGAGAUAGCCAAUGGGUUAGAGCUAUCCGGUCUGCCAUUCUUUUGGGUACUCCGUACCCGGCAGAGUCCCAACGAUUCGAAAUUUCCUGAAGGGUUCGAGAAUAGAACAAAGGGGCGAGGAGUGGUCUGGAAGGAGUGGGCACCACAAGUGAAGAUUUUGUGCCACGACUCUGUGGGCGGGUUCCUGACUCACUCCGGCUGGAGCUCGGUUGUGGAAGGGCUUCAAUUUGGACGGCCGCUGGUGUUGUUGAUUUGUUACAAUGACCAAGGUCUUAAUGCUAAGCUGCUUCAGCAAAAGGGUGCGGGUUAUUUGGUUCCUAGAGAUGAAAGAGAUGGGAGAUUUACGAGGGACUCGGUUGCUGACUCGUUGAGGACGGUGGUGUUGGGAGAAGAAGGAGAGAUCUAUCGAAUCAAGGCCAUGGAAAUGAGAGAGUUGUUUGGUGAUACGGAGAAGCAUGAAAGUUACAUUCAUGAUUUGUUGGCAUAUCUCGAGGCAAACAAAGGAUGUUGA